CUUUAUCGAUUUCUUCUUCUCCUCCUCGUCGCAUCAGCUGCGUGGACUUUUUUUCCUCUUAUUUCCAGAUCCACCAAAAAGCCGAAGAAACAAGCACCAGACCAAAACUAACAAACUGGACACCAGAACAGACACACAGAAAACAAGACUGAGAUCAAAUGACCGAAAAUGGAAAGGAGCAUCAGCAGCCAAAACAGCAACAACCAUCAUCACCUUCCAAAUCAUUGUCUUCCCGCCCGACCACCAUAACACUCCCUCCACGUUCCUUCACCGAAACAUUCUUUUCCAGUGGGGCCCCUGGUACCUUGGGCUUCAGUCCAGGCCCUAUGACUCUCCUCUCAAGUUUCUUCUCUGACUCCGACGACUGUAAGUCCUUCUCUCAGCUUCUCGCCGGCGCCAUAGCCUCCCCUAAUUUCAAACCUCCCGAUGACAAGAGCUCUGCCGGUGACUUUAGCAGUUCAUCGAGCUUGUCCAUCGUCCCUCCCCCGCCGAUGUUCUCGAUGCCGCUGGGGCUUAGUCCGGUGUCUCUUCCUGAUUCACCGGGGUUCGGACUCUUUUCUCCUCAGGGCUUUGGAAUGACACACCAGCAGGCGCUAGCACAGGUCACGGCUCAGGCUGCGCAAGCCAAUUCAAUUAUGCAUGUUCAACCGGAACAUUCGACACCGGCAAUGUCUUCGACCUUUACGAGCACACAAGGGGCACACCAGCAGCAGCAGAAGGCACGCUCAGUCGCGGAUUCUAGAGUGAAAAUACAGGAACUCUCGGACUUCUCUCGGUCUGAUCAGAGAUCUGAAUCUUCUUCGCUGGCUGUUGAUAAGCCUGCUAAUGAUGGAUACAACUGGAGGAAAUAUGGGCAGAAACAAGUGAAAGGAAGUGAGUAUCCUAGAAGUUAUUAUAAAUGUACACAUCCUAAUUGUCCUGUCAAGAAAAAAGUUGAGCGAUCUCUUGAUGGUCAAGUAACUGAAAUUAUCUACAAGGGGCAGCACAAUCAUCAGCCACCGCAAUCCAAUAAGCGUGGAAAGGAUGCCGGAGGCUUAAAUGGCAAUUCAAACAGUCACGGGAAUUCUGAAUUAGAUUCCCGAUUUCAAAGUGGAAAUGUCAGCAAAGAGAUAGAUAGGAAGGAUCAGGAAUCCAGUCAAGCUACACCUGAACAUGUAUCUGGGAUGAGUGAUAGUGAGGAAGUUGGUGAUACUGAAGCUGGUGGUGAAGUUGAUGAAGACGAGCCUGAUCCUAAGAGAAGAAGUACAGAGGCUAGAGUGACAGAGCCAGCUUCUUCACACAGGACUGUAACGGAGCCCAGAAUCAUUGUGCAGACAACCAGUGAAGUUGAUCUCUUAGAUGAUGGCUAUAGAUGGCGCAAGUAUGGGCAGAAAGUUGUCAAAGGCAAUCCUUAUCCAAGGAGCUACUAUAAAUGCACAACCGCAGGAUGCAAAGUUCGUAAACAUGUCGAGAGGGCUGCAGCAGACCCAAAAGCUGUCAUAACAACCUAUGAGGGCAAACAUAAUCACGAUGUACCAGCAGCUAAAAAUAGCAGCCACAACACGGUCAAUAGUAAUGCAUCUCAGCUGAAACCACAAACUCUGGAGAAGCAUGCAUCAAACAACAGCAACAGUCAGCCUGCAGCACGUCUACGGUUAAAAGAAGAGCAGAUAACAUAGCUUAUCUGACUUGGUAUCAUAGGAGGAAGAUAACAACAAACGUUUACAAUGAACCGGGGAAUGGCUGUAACUUAUCUUUUCUUGGAGGCCAUUACUUUGAUGAAUGCCCCCCAUGUAACCAUCUGCCCGAUAUACAAAGGAUGAAGCAAUACCAAAAGAGACGGAGAAAAAAUUAUGAAGCAAGCUUUCUUAUUGUAUGUCAAGCAGUUCACCGGACACAAACUUCCUUGAAAAUAUAUUCUGUGCAUUCUUUUGUAUAUGGAAAUAUGAAAUUAAUGUUUCAUAUAAUUGUUUACCACUUUCAGCAUUUGGAAUUUCAUGUUUGACAGUGACAACACCGCACUUUUCUACUUUUAUGUUGAUGUUCAUUAUUUGAAAGUAAUGCCAAUGAAUUCCUUUUCUGCUGGUUUA